AUGGAGCGGGGAUUGGAGGCCUUCGAGGACAUCUACCUGGAGGAGCGGAAGACUAUCAAGGUUCUGCUCGAAUAUGCCGACAAGAUGUUCACCUACGUCUUCGUGCUGGAGAUGCUGCUCAAGUGGGUGGCCUACGGCUUUAAGAAAUACUUCACCAACGCCUGGUGCUGGCUGGACUUCCUCAUCGUGGAUGUCUCCCUGAUCAGCCUGGUGGCCAACACCCUGGGCUUUGCCGAGAUGGGCCCCAUCAAGUCACUGCGGACCUUGCGUGCACUCCGACCCCUGCGAGCCCUGUCACGAUUUGAGGGCAUGAGGGUUGUGGUCAAUGCCCUGGUGGGCGCCAUCCCAUCCAUCAUGAAUGUCCUCCUCGUCUGCCUCAUCUUCUGGCUCAUCUUCAGCAUCAUGGGCGUGAACCUCUUUGCGGGGAAGUUUGGGCGGUGCAUCAACCAGACUGACGGAGACCUGCCUUUGAACUACACCAUCGUGAACAACAAGAGUGACUGUGAGUCUUUCAACGUGACUGGCGAAUUGUACUGGACCAAGGUGAAAGUCAACUUUGACAACGUGGGGGCCGGGUACCUGGCCCUUCUGCAGGUGGCAACAUUUAAAGGCUGGAUGGACAUUAUGUAUGCAGCUGUGGACUCCAGGGGGUAUGAAGAGCAGCCCCAGUGGGAAUACAACCUCUACAUGUACAUCUACUUCGUCAUUUUCAUCAUCUUCGGGUCUUUCUUCACCCUGAACCUUUUCAUCGGUGUCAUCAUCGACAACUUCAACCAACAGAAGAAAAAGAUGCGGGGCCAGGACAUCUUCAUGACCGAGGAGCAGAAGAAGUACUACAACGCCAUGAAGAAGCUGGGCUCCAAGAAGCCCCAGAAGCCCAUCCCGAGGCCUCUGAACAAGUACCAGGGCUUCCUGUUCGACAUUGUGACCAAGCAGGCCUUCGACGUCACCAUCAUGUUCCUCAUCUGCUUGAACAUGGUGACCAUGAUGGUGGAGACAGAUGACCAGAGCCCCGAGAAGGUCAACAUCUUGGCCAAGAUCAACCUGCUCUUUGUAGCCAUCUUCACGGGCGAAUGUAUCAUCAAGAUGGCCGCCCUGCGCCACUAUUACUUCACCAACAGCUGGAACAUCUUCGACUUUGUGGUUGUCAUCCUCUCCAUUGUGGGUACUGUGCUCUCAGACAUCAUCCAGAAGUACUUCUUCUCCCCAACGCUCUUCCGAGUCAUCCGUCUGGCCCGAAUCGGCCGCAUCCUCAGGCUGAUCCGAGGGGCCAAGGGGAUCCGCACACUGCUCUUUGCCCUCAUGAUGUCCCUGCCCGCCCUCUUCAACAUAGGACUGCUGCUCUUCCUCGUCAUGUUCAUCUACUCCAUCUUCGGCAUGGCCAACUUCGCUUACGUCAAGUGGGAGGCUGGCAUCGACGACAUGUUCAACUUCCAGACCUUCGCCAACAGCAUGCUGUGCCUCUUCCAGAUCACCACAUCAGCUGGCUGGGAUGGCCUCCUCAGCCCCAUCCUCAACACAGGACCCCCUUACUGUGACCCCAAUCUGCCCAACAACAAUGGCUCCCGGGGGAACUGUGGGAGCCCAGCCGUGGGCAUCCUCUUCUUCACCACGUACAUCAUCAUCUCCUUCCUCAUCGUGGUCAACAUGUACAUUGCCAUCAUCUUGGAGAACUUCAGCGUGGCCACAGAGGAGAGCACUGAGCCUCUGAGCGAGGAUGACUUCGACAUGUUCUAUGAGAUCUGGGAGAAGUUCGACCCGGAAGCCACCCAGUUCAUCGAGUAUUCGGCCCUGUCCGACUUCGCCGAUGCCCUGUCCGAGCCUCUCCGCAUCGCCAAGCCCAACCAGAUAAGCCUCAUCAAUAUGGACCUGCCCAUGGUGAGCGGGGACCGUAUCCACUGCAUGGACAUCCUCUUUGCCUUCACCAAGAGGGUCCUGGGUGAGUCUGGGGAGAUGGACGCCCUGAAGAUCCAGAUGGAGGAGAAGUUCAUGGCGGCCAACCCGUCCAAGAUCUCCUACGAGCCCAUCACCACCACGCUCCGGCGCAAGCACGAGGAGGUGUCGGCCACCGUCAUCCAGCGGGCCUUCCGGAGGCACCUGCUGCAGCGCUCCAUGAAGCACGCCUCCUUCCUCUUCCGCCAGCAGGCAGGCAGCAGCGGCCUCUCUGAUGAGGAUGCCCCGGAGCAGGAGGGCCUCAUCGCCUACAUGAUGAAUGAGAACUUCUCCCGGCGCCGUGACCCGCCCUCCAGCUCCUCUGUCUCCUCCACGUCCUUCCCGCCCUCCUAUGACAGCGUCACCAGGGCCACCAGCGAUAACCCCCAGGUGCGGGUGUCCGACUACAGCCGCAGCGAGGAUCUCGCCGACGUCCCCCCGUCCCCAGACAGGGACCGCGAGUCCAUCGUGUGAGCGCCAGCCCGGCUGGCCAGGACGCACUGAGGGGCAGCCUGGGGCAGCAUAGUCAGAGUGACUGCAGCCACAAGCCGGCACCUGCGGGCCCUUCCUUGCUUCGGCCUCAGGCUAUGAGAGAUGGGCCUCAGCCCCGCGGACCGACAAGGCAGAGUUCUGUGGCGCCCACGCCGACGGCCAGAAGCGGGCGGCCGAGCUGACCGUGCAGGGUGGCCUGUCGCUGGAGGCCCCGCCCACGCCGGCCCGGCCACGCCAACCCCCGGGGCUCUGAAAAGCAACACCGUCCCAGCUGCGGAGGAGAAAUACAAAACUGAGACUGUAGAUGUUGUGAGUGGGCUUUCAUAAAUUUGUUAUAUUUGAUAUUUUUUUACUUGAGCAAAGAACUAAUCG